AUGAAGCGCAAAAGGGGCUCAAAAUCUAGCAACAAGAAAGGGAAAAAGAAAGCAGUAACAGUUUUAAGUGAUCCAGCGUCAUCUCCAUCUCACGUGAACGGGGAUGAAGAUGCGGGUUUAGAUGAAAGAGAUGUUUCCCCAACAAAUUCGAAAAAUGAGGUCGAAUUACCUUCUGUUUCACCGGAUGAAACGAGCAAUCCUGCAAAUUCUGAUCCCAUUACGACAAACGAAGCAUCAUUGAGUCAACCACGAUACAGUCGUGUGAAAGUCAAGCUUAAGUCAUCACGAACAUUAGAGCCUUCGAAAACAAAUAUAGAUAAUCAGAUGGGCGAGACAGAAAAAGGCCAUGGGAAACCAGUCUUACCAACCUCUGAAACUUGUAUUGAAAAGAAGGAAGGGAGUAAUUAUUCCGAUGGGCGGAUCUCUGAUUUGCAACCUACAAGUUCUGGUAAAUCGCCUAGGAAAGCAGGCAGCAUAAAGAUCAUAUCUUCCAGGGUAAUACGUCCUUCAAAUGUUGGGAUGGCAGAGGAAUAUGACAAGGCAAACAGUCCUUUGCAAAUUAAAGGUGAGAGGGAACGAUGGAUCUCUGACAACGAACGGACUGCAGAAUCAUCAGUUCAUAUAAAAUAUCGGCGAAGAGACACGUCUGCUCCUCGUGUUGAUCCCCGCUAUGAUGAAAAUGAACUGAGAACUGCCCUUGUGGUGAGCUAGGGAAACUUUAACAUAAAUCACUUUAGUUCUUAUUUUCAUAAAUCACUUUGUAGAUCUUUAAUAUCUGAGUCAAGGUUUCUGUGAACUCUGCUCAUGAGCUUACCUUGUUUCAUUCAAUGUGGUACAAGGUUAACUCGUCUAUCUUGUUUCUUAAAAUUCAGGUAAUUAAGAAAAUCAUGAAGAUGGAGGCUGCUGAGCCUUUCAAUGCCCCUGUAGAUCCAGUCGCUCUUGGAAUACCUGUUAGUACUUAUGCACAACUUGUGAUGUAUCAUUUUCAAUUGUUAUAAUAUCGGAGGAGAGUGUUGUAUCCCUGUAUCAUGGCCUCUCCUGUUCCGUGUGUGAUUCUUCACCUUUGAAUUCGUUAUGCUGCUAUGUUUUUGAAUGUAUAUUUCAGGACAUUUUGCACGCACAAGAUAGGGUAUUAUGAUUUCCACUGCUCUUUUCUAGAUAAGAUCUUUAGAAGUUUAACACCAAUGAUGCCAUGAUUCUAUUGAUGUAUAAUUCUGUGAUGUGGGCCGGUUGAGAAGCUUGCGUCACUUAUAGAAAUACUGCACUAGUAGAGUGUAGUUCUGUGCUUCUUGCUGAUACCAUUUAUCUUUAUUAUUCAUAUGCUUUGCUUAGGGUGUCAUUUGUAUACUUAAAAAAUUCGGUACAUUUUGAUAUUUUAUCUUGUUGAAAUCGGUAUUAUUUGAUAUUUUAUCUUGUUUAUUUUUAUUUCGUAUUUUAGUUUUUUUUGGCUAACCAAAAUAUCUCAAUGCCAUCUUAUUGAUGCUUAGUCUUUUUAAACCCUAAAAUUUUAUUUAUUUUCUAUUUCUUUGUCGGGUGCAUAUCGUCUGUAAAAUCACUGAAGAUGUGACAUUGUGGGUCUGUGUUGUUUACAGAUAUUUGCUUUAAAUUUUAAAAUAUUUUUGAUCUUGAACUAUUGACUUAUAUUUCAAUUUUACUUCUUGAAAAUUAAUUUCAUACUUAAGCUACAUAUAUAAGAAAAAGACUGUCCAUACCUCGGAAUUGUUGAUAAAUAGGCCAAAGACAAGGUAUUGUUUUGGCAUUCUUGUCUUGAUGGUGUUGGCAUUCUAAUCUGGGACAGAAAGCUCUCACUGUCGAUUCUCAGUGUGACAUAAGGAGAUAUUCUUUAAUGGAUGUAAGUGAAGAGAUGGAAAUAACGAUUUGUGAGUCGAACUGAAUGUUCAGGUUUGCUAGAUUUCGCAUUGUAUUUUGUCUUUUUCGUUAAUGGAUUCAUCUCAUAGACCUGGGUCAGGAUUUUUUCGAUGUCAUAGAAACGUCAAUGGAUUUUGUUACAACAUGCAAAGAUCUUGAACAUAGUUUUUUUCCCCUCUUUGCACUUAUGGAUUCUUUGCAUACAUCUGGGUCAGGAUUAUUUUGAGGUCAUAGAAACACCAAUGGAUUUCGGUACAAUACGCAAAGAUCUUGAACAUGGCCAAAAGUACUUGAAUUCCAAGGAUAUCUUUAAAGACGUGCAGUUCAUUUGGGAAAAUUGUUACAAGUACAACAAUAAGGGUGAUUACAUUCUGGACCUUAUGAAACGUGUGAAACGGAAUUUUAUGAAGUAUUGGACAGCAGCCGGACUGAGCACUGAUCUUACUGGUAAUGGAUCUAUCCAACCACUUUUCUUACUAAAUAGUUAGCGCUGUUCACUAUAUAAAAGCUAGAUUUUGGUUGCAGACUCUAGUAUUCCCCUUAAUAAUUCUGUUUGUAUCUAUUUUUUUUGGGGUUGUCUAUUAUUACUUGUCUAGAAACAUAGAGUUUUAACGUUAAUCGUCUAUAUUUCCUAUUUUAUAUGUUUUUAUUUUUCGCUAUUAAAGGCAAACGAUUGUAUGCUUGAAAUUAUUUGUUGCAAACCGUAAACAUAAUUAUGGUUCUGGUAGCCACAUGUUCUUUGAUAAAAUUUUCGAGUCCAAAUGUUUUCUUGUUAACUACAUCUAUAAUUGUGGGUAAUCAUGGAAAUGCUCCUUAACUAAGUUUGCCAAACUCACUCAGAAUUGUACUCCGGACUCUGAAACUGUCAUCCAGUAAGUACUAUGACCUUAUGGCUUUGACUCCUCGCUACCGAACAACUUGAGCUAAAUGGAGUCCAACUCAAUCAUUCUCUCAUAGAUAAAUGAAAUGAACAGUACUUUAUUCAAAGAAGUUUAGGAUUUGAUCUUUUUGGUUACUAACUUUUUUAUAAGAGGGUAGCGUUUCUUAGAAAACUGGAUGGUAGCAGCUGAGGUAAAUGCUUGUGUGAAGCUUGAUUUCCUCGUAUAUUUGGAGGGAGGUGUAUUAUCUCAUUUGUGGUUGACCUUGAUAGAUCCGUUGCAAUUUUGUCCGCCUUGAGAAAACAUUGAGAUAUUUUUUUUGAUUAGAUUCCCUUGAUACAGACGUUGGAGAUGCAUACUCACACCAACAUUAGACUGUGAUACUUCAAUAACUUUUACUGUCUAAUCUCCUGUUUUCUUACAUUGCAUGUUUCUUUAGACUUGUUCGGUUUUUUGUUCAUAUUCAGGUCCCACUGAAAGCGCGCAGGCUGAGAAUUCUACACAGUCUGGCACACAGAAGGGACAUGUGAAGCUAAAAGGAAAAUCCUCAAAGCCUAAGCGGAAGCGUCAUGGGUGGGUUUUUUUUUCUUUAUUAUGGUUUUAGUGGUUUGAAGCUAAUCCGUUGUAUUUUUAAUGUUAGUCUUCUCAGCCAAAUGAUGCUCUUUAUUCUAAUUGAUGAACACAUAUUUUAUGCCAUUCUCUGCUUUCUACUCAGACUGUUGAUCAUCAGAAUCGUUCGAUUACUUUGGUUUUUUCCCGUGUAAAUUUUAGCAUCGUACUGCUCAGUUAAGAUUCUAGGGUAGGAUUCUAAUAUGGGACUGGCAUUAACCCUUUAUCAACCUUUUCUCCAUUACUUGAAGGAGAUGCAAUUGGUCGUUUUUUUUUAUGCUUCUUUCAAAAUGUACAAUCAACUUCUUCUGUAAAUUAAACUGUUUGAGGGCAAUAAUCUUAUAUACUCUGUUGUAUUGGCUUCUAGGACUUGGGAAGCAUGAGAAUUAACUGGCACGUGGAGAUUUGUGGGUUUUUGUUGAGCUUAGAGAAAUGUCUGACUUUUCAAGGGGAAGAUUCGUAUGAUUCCAUUGUGAAGACAUCAUUGAAUCUUAAAGUGCAGUAUUUUUUCAUUUGGAGUCUAUUUGAUAAGGUUAUCUUUUAAAUUAUGCAAGGAUUGGAGAAACAAUGAGUUAUUAACUAUUUUUUUAAAGUGGACGAAUAUCAUUAAAAGUGAUAUGUUAAAAUAAAUACAUGUUGUUAAGACAAGUUUUGAUCUAGCAUUGUCCUUUUUCCUCCCCCUUUCCUUGCCGGGCCAUGUGACUGCCUUAGAGGAACUGAAACAGUCAGCAACUGCAUCGUCAUGGAUUCUUCACAUCCCGCCACGAGGUCAUUGUGCAAAUGUCCCCCAACGUGGGGUCAUUGCACCUAUCCUUUGGUCCUAGUUCUAUCAGCAUGCGUUCGUUCCUCUUCUUCCUUUAAUGCACUGCCCCUGUGGCUCUUCUUGGAUUGAUGUCCCACAGACCCUGAGGGCAGUGCGAACAGACAAUGCAGAACCCCUUCAACUUAGUGCCAAAGCUAUCAUCCUCCAGUUCUAAUACUUCUAUUUACUGGAAGGUUGGAUACGUACACUCCCUUCAGGGAGCUUUUUAUCAUGCACAUGAUCCUAUGAUGGGAUAUAUGGAGAAAGGCUUGAAGCAGGUGAGCAGCCUGUUUGCCCCUGGUUUGGGGUUUGUCCCCAAAAUUUCGAGUUUGCCUUCACCUAGUGGGACAUGCGCCUUCCAUAUUUUGGUCUCUCUCUUCUGUUGCUCUGUAUCCUGACUCUCUUUGCAAGGUGCGAGGGAAGUUCCAAUAAGAAGGCUAUUUGUGUUUCUCCCAGCUAUAUAACUCGGAGGAAAUGAAGAGCCAUGGAGCGUCGUUUCUUUUACUUAGCUAAUGUUUAUUCUAGGACCGACCGCAGUUUUCUUUGUUUGCUGGCAAUAUAAUCCUAUUUAAUGUUGGAUUUGACAGUAGCCUCAUCUCUGAAAUUUUGAUAGAGGGCCCAGGGAAGAGAAAACCAUGCUAUAUUCUUCUAAUCUGCACAGCGACAGAUAUCCAAACCACCUUUUAUAUUACUGCAGUAUGCUGGGGAAAUUUCCAGGAUACCAUUCCUACUGACGAAGUUUCACUUUUUAUUCAGAAUUGAUCUUCACAAAAGUGGAUGCCUCUGUGCUGUUUGUGUUGUGAGGCGACGUAGGAGAGAACGUGAAGGACUGUCAGAGGCGACCGAGAGACAGAUGGAAGCAUGUGAUGAUAAUCUCGGACCAGAGUUCAAGGAAGAGGUUUACCUGACAUUAGUUUUUUUUUUAUUUUAUAAUCUGGAGCACAGAUAAUACCUUAAAUUAUUUUCUGUCAUCCCUACCAAAGCUGGAUAACGUUGUCUAGGAAUAGUUAUAUCAACUAAAUCAAUCUAAGAACAAGAACCCCUCAUUCCAGUCUGCACAACACUUUAAUGAAAAAAUAUUUCAUCGAUAAAGAAGAUUUCGCAAUGUUCUUCCACAAAUGUAAUAUGGAUUUGUUUGAUGUUGACUAAGGAGAGGGUAGGAAUAUGCCUGUUCCCUUAUAUCUUUGUAUGAUUCUGAAGGGCAUGGGGAGCAUGGCGUUGUUUAUCUAAAGGAUUCAGAUCUCUGCUGGGGAGCAUAUUUUGAGAAAGUUUUACUUUUUUAAGAAUAACAUAAAUAGUUUUAUUUUAGUGAGGCUCAUCCGCGGUUCUUUGAUUGUCUCUGAUUCCAUCUCUUUUUCUGAACUUCAAACCUGAGAUCUCUGAUAAUCAUAUGUGUAAUUUUCUGAAUAACUUUGCAUCUAUAUCUUGUACAUCCUUCGACUUUAUAUUAUUUUAUUCGUGGGGCAUGUUUGAAUUACUUCUUCCGGCUUCUACAUAAUCUAGUGCCCCAAGAUUAUGUCUGAAUCCCUGGCCUUACCCUGCAGAAGAGCUACCCGGUGGAGAACAGCCCCAGUGAUCAUACUUCCUCAAGCUUGGAUCAGUCUCGGGAGCCCGAUGCAAUUGCAGAUGCAGACGAAGCUGAAAACGAGGGAGCGGUUACUACCCCUGAACAGCCGCCUGCUGGCGAACAAGUGAAGCAAGAGAUUAGUGAAAGCGAGGGUCUCAGAAUAGCAAACACUGGUGAGGAAGCUUCCGGGCAUCUUGUCGACGAAGAGCCCUCACAGGGCCUUGGGCAACCUGUCGAGGUACAAGAGCCCAUCACAGGGGAUGAGUUGCUGCUUGCUGGUAACCAGAGAGGAGCUUCUGCAGACGAGCAGCUGCAAACUCUCGGGGGGCUUCGGGAGGAAACAGAGGAUGAGCUGAUGGUGAUUUUUUCUACCAGGGUUUCAGAAUUUUGUGAGUCUUACAGGGCGAUCAGUGGCUGACGAGGGAGGUUGACUUGCUGCAGGAGUCAGCGUCGGAUGGUGGGGAGAUCAGCUUGUACGAGGAUCCCUUGCAUCAGGAGAACCUUGCGGUCUUGCAGAUAUGCCGGACGCUCUUCAGCAAAGAUUCCAGGUCUGUCUGGAGGGGCCCGCAUUCUCUGAACCGGCGGCAAGCCCUGGUGCGCCACAGCCCCAUCCAGGCGGCGCUAUCAACGUUCAUCAGGCGGUAG